GCAGUCUGCAAACAACAUUCCAACAUGGAGCUUGACAAUGCUUCUCCAGUCAUUGAUCUCAUGGAUCAUGCCACAGCCAUAACUGCCCUUCCCGACGCAAAUGGCGGCUCAGAGGAACUCCCGGAGAAGAUCAGUGCUUAUUUCAGCCUAGUCUUCCCCAGCUUCACCUACUACGUUCAAACCAUAUCCGUUUCCAUUGGCAGACGCUCAGUCCGUCCAGGAACACCUUCGUCUUCAGACCAAACCCAGGUGGAUGUCGACUUGGGGCCCCUGAAGAACGUAUCUCGCUUGCAUGCUAGAAUUGAAUACGAGGACAGCCAGGAGAGGUUCGUCCUCGUCGUGUUAGGCAGGAAUGGUGCUUGGGUAGACGGAAUUUGGUCUGGGAGUGGAAGCAGAGUACCAUUAGGCGCAAGGUCGCAAAUACAGAUCGCUACGCGCGUUUUCGACUUCGUCCUUCCACCGCCUCCUGCUCCUGAGGAUUCUCCAUCACCCAGUUCACCCUCUUCUACAACCCGUCAUCUUUCACCGUCUAUCGAUGUCACAUCUCUAUCUCCCGAUUCAUCGGUCCAUUCUCCGGUAGCAAAGCCGAUAGACUCGCCUACUGCCGAACAUGGCGAAGGGCAGCCUCUAGACCUUGACAUAGAAAAAGUACCUUCAACGAAAUCGACUAAUAAGAAGCGGAAGAAGCCCGGGGAUAGCCGUCUCCCUCCCCCUGCAGUCAUGCCUCCGCGACCACAGUUUACUUAUGCGCAACUAUGUUAUCGUGCCAUUACUGCGCUCGACGGCAAAGCUACAUUACAGGAGAUAUGCAAUUGGAUAAGUGAUAACUAUGAAUGGUAUCGUUAUAACGAAGGAUCGGGCUGGGAGAGCUCCGUACGGCAUAACUUGUCAUCAAACCGGGCCUUCAAGAAGAUGGAGCGUUGCGCAAGUGAGAGGGGCAAAGGCUUUUUUUGGAGUGUCGACCCGCGUUUCGAACACACAGUGAAAGACCAGGAGGGGAAGAGUCACUCCCAUAGCGAGAAACAGAAGAUGAAGAAUCCUAAAUUGCUUGAACCUCCGCUAAAGCGGAGUGUCAAGGGUGAUUCCACGUCGCCUCUUCCUCCACCUUUAUCUACUCUUCCACAGAGAGUACAUGGUCGCGAUACUCACCCUCCUGUUCAGUCUGUUACACCAGUGGCUUCGUCGUCUACAAAGGGCCAUACGACGACUUUCAUCAUGGAAUCUCCGCAAAUCAAGUCGGAGCAACAGACAAAUAUUCUGGUUUCGCAUGAAGCUACCAAGGCUGGCCCUGAAGCAAAUUCUUCAACGAAGGCCCAAACAACGUCAAAUCUGGCAUUAAUAGCAUCCCCAUCUCCUGCGCCCACUAGCAAUUUGCCAUCCCUACCUUCCGACAUUAUACCCAUCGUAAUUGGUCCCGCACCUCCAAAUGGAUCAACCGAUUCUACGUCCAACAAUCCAUCACCGGCGCCGGAUUCAUCUUCGCUGCCUAUUGUCUUCCAUCGCAACACCAUUGUUUUGAACCCGACAAUCUUUUCAUCCUUGAACCCGGUGCAUCUCAAAGAGCUCGAGUCGUUAGGAGCGAAGAAAGCUAUUGAGAUUUUACAAACCUACAUAGUUCGGUACCUCAAGGAGAAGCGCAGAGCAGAGGGAGCGAAGGCGAAGGGAAAGAAGAAGAAGGAUAAGUCGAAAAAGAAAGAUGGUGCGAACAAGGAAGGAACGCCAAAUGGUGCUAUCACAAGCGUUCCAGUCGAUCCAUCGCAGCCUGGUUCAGCAUCACUUUCGAAGCCCGACUUGACUCUGGGUUCCGUCCCGGAUGCGAAGUCUUCCAUAACUGCUCCAAUGUUGUCGCCGACCUCGGGGAUGAUUCAGGCUGUUGUACCUCUUCGUAUUUCUUCACCACCAGCAGCGCCUUUGGAUCAAUCUUCGAACGAGGAAAUUGACAUACUAGGUGAUUCUGACGAACCGGCUCCAAAGAAGCGCAAACUAGAAGGACAGGUGAUCCCAGAACUCAAGGCCUAGUAAUGUGGCUUGCCCAUCGCGUCAACCGCAAUGGACUCUAUCCGUCCCUGGCUUUGACUAGGACAUUUCUUUCCUUUCCUCUACGUUGCUCAUGUUCAUGCUUUUCCGCCUGCAGCAACACAGGACUCUCCUAUGAUUCACUUUCACUUUCUCUAUUCUCCAUUAGACUAUACGUAACCUUUGUAUUCAUAUACGCGGGUAUUUUAGAUGUACGAGUUUAACGAUCAUGUACAGCUUUUUCUGGAAACUAUCGCAUCGUAUAAUAGCCCCCCUCGCAAUCUUACGAUUUCUCGAGUCUUGUCUU